GAGAAAUGAAGAGCUGAAUCAGGCAUGGAGAUUUGGAAGAGAAUAUUGGUGUUUGAGAUGAUGCUGAUGAGCCUUGGAUUAAUGGGCUGUUUGGUUAAUGGAAUUGGCGGUGGUCUUCCGCAGAGAAGAUGUUGGUUCCCGGCGGUUUACAACUUCGGCGACUCCAAUUCCGACACCGGAGGACGCUCAGCCGCGCUGGGAGAGGUGCGUCCUCCCAACGGUGAAACAUUCUUCGGUAAACCUUCCGGCAGAUACUGUGACGGCCGUCUCGUCAUUGACUUCAUUGCUGAGAAUUUAGGUUUGCCGUACUUAAAUGCGUAUCUUGACUCCAUCGGCACCAGUUUCCGGCACGGCGCAAAUUUUGCAACCGCCGGUUCGUCCAUACUUCCCGGCGGCUACAGCCCAUUUUUCCUGGAUAUUCAAAUUUCUCAGUUCAUCCAAUUCAAGAAACGCACAAUUGAGCUCUAUAAUAAGCUUGCUGGCACAAAUCAAGUGUAUAAAGACGUUCUUCCGAGACCAGAAGAGUUCUCCAAGUCACUUUACACAUUCGACAUUGGACAGAACGACCUCUCCCAUGGUUUCCAGUACUCCAACGUAUCACAAACCCUCCAAUCCAUCCCAAAAAUUAUGGACAAAUUUUCCCAAGCUCUUUAUCAACUAUACGGAGAGGGUGCAAGGAACUUCUGGAUACACAAUACAGGUCCAAUAGGGUGCCUGCCAAUCAGCGUGGCGUACAACAAAGACAACCACAACAACGUAGACAAGAACGGCUGCGCGGCGACACAUAACCGGGUGGCGCAGGAGUUCAACAGGCAGCUCAAGGCCCGCGUUCUGCAGCUGCGUGCGCAGCUCCAACAAGCCGUCUUCACCGUCGUCGACAUGUACUCUGCUAAGUACGCCGUGGUUAGCAACGCCGGAAGCCAUGGUUUCCAAGACCCAUUCACUUUCUGCUGCUGUGGCAAGAAUAAGAAGAUGGCGAACGAGACGGUGUAUGGCGAUCCGUGUAGUGACCCCUCAAGGCAUAUUAGUUGGGAUGGCGUGCACUACUCCGAGGCGGCAAACCUAAUUCUCGCAAGAUCUAUUAUGUACGGUGGUUCAUUUUCUGACCCUCCACGUCCGGUUGCAGAGGCUUGUCGUUAGAUCGAGCUGAGUAUGCAAUUGCAAUGGCGGAUCGGAAUUAUUGAACCAGGAUUUAAUUUUAAACCGGGUCUAGCUAAUUAUUGGGAUUAUUCAAAAAGCUAAUUAUUGGGAUUUGGGAUGGCAUAUCUUCACUGAAUCACCGGUUUACCCCAUACCAUUUGAUUUGAUUAAGAAUGUUGUCCGCAAGGCCUUUACAUGUAAACUAGGGAAAUCUUUUUUUUUUUUUUUAAACACCAUAAUAGCUUUUAAAUUCGAGUUUUGGUUGGAUGUUAUAUUAUCCGUUAUAUAUAUAUAUAUAUAUAUUUUUAAAAA